UGUUUUUUUUUUAAUUCUGGAUUCCAAAUAAGGUGGUUGCAGAAUUAUAAUUUCAAAUGUCUUUCCUCGUCGAUUCUAUGUUGAGCCUUUUUUUCAAAGGGUCGAGGAACUCGGAUUUUAAAAUCAGAUUCAGUGUUCAUACACACACUCUCGUGUACUGUGAUGGUGGAUGCGACUGUGUGCGAGAGGUGGCCGUACGAGAUGUUAAGGUCGUGGGAUUGCAGCUGCAUUGAAUGAUAUUGGUGUGGAUGCAUUGCUUUCCCUCGCUUUGUUCGGACUUGCUGCUUCGAGCGGGCAGAGUGGUUUGUUUUUUUUUCGUCAGUUGUGCAGUCAAAUUUUUGUGUGAGCUCGGAUCCACUGUCAACGUAGCCUUGAGUGCAGUUAUGUUGAAUCCGAGUACAUAUGGUUUGAUUGUACGAUAGCUAAGGUAAGGAGACGAGCUAUUUUGUUCGCUUGGUCUGGCCUGGCGGUGCAAUUCUGUGUAGCUGUUUACUUCUCGCGAUUGCAUACGAUUCGAGUGGCCCCAUUUUCGCACAGAGGUUCAUCAAAUUUAACCAAAAUAUGGAACUAGUAUGAACAUAGUAGCUUUAGUGUGUUAAUUUAUACUCUAAUUGAGGGUGAUUGUUUCUAGAUGAGUUCUCUCGGUUACCUUCUCAGGUUUCCCCACAGUUAAAACUUCGCAGUUGCGAUUGGAUUUCGAUAACAAAUAUGUGCAGAAAAAUUUAAAAUCUAAUUAAUGUUACAAGUUUUCCUUCUCAGGAUACCUAAAGAUCUCUGCCGCGUGUUGAGAUAUGAGAUUUUCAAAAUUUAGUUCCAUUCAAUAGAUUGCGUUUACAUAAUCACAUCACUUACCACAGUGAAUCCUGAUUCUUACCACUUCCCACUAACAAUUAUCCCUUCCUUGAUAAACGCUAGGGAACCACGCUAUAGAGGCGACCCUUCUGACCUUCGGGCGGCGAAUAUCAUACUAACAUUCCUUUCCUUCCCCUGGUGACUGUAAGGACGUGGCCGGCGUCGUUAUUGACCAUUUAAAGCUCGAAUCACCGAAAAUUGCACAACGAGAAUGAUUUGCUAGUCCCAAGCGUCAUUCUGUGUGUUCUUUGUGCAAUUUGGUUGGUUCAGGUCAAUCACGGAGAGCAACUACGAAUUGUACAGUCUACCCAAGCUCAAGCUCAAGCUCAAGCUCAAAAUGGAUUUCGUAUCAUCAUACAACCGGUUCACACGAAAGUUGAAAGAACGACUUUUUAGUAUCAAAAAUAACAUUUCAAAAGAUGUCGCCGAAUGGAAAAGCAAACAUGCUUUAGCAGAACAAACUGGCGGCAGAUUGAAUAAACUCAUAAGCUCGGUUGAAAUUUGCAACGAACUUAAUAAUAAACUGGAAUCUAAAUUCAUCGUAUUUGAACGAAGAAUUUUAGAGCUUGAAAAUGACAAGCACCAGAUGAAGGUGGAUAUACAAAAUCUUCAAGAGGAGAAAUGUCAAUUAUUGAAUAAGGUAAAUAAUUUUGAAGAGCUGAAACAAUUAAAACAUAAAUUGGAAACAACAUUGGAGCGAGAAAUUCGCGAGAAAAAUAAUUUGAAAGUAAAAGUUGACAAUAGUUUUCAAGAGAUCGGUCGACUGAAAAAAAUGUUCAAAGAUCUGAAAAAUUCACAUUUAAAUAUCAAGAACGACAAACAAUUGCUAGAGAAGAAAAUAGAGCGCCUGAAAAAGCAGCUCACCGAGUCGAAGAAGGUAGACAGGGAAAACAUCCACAAAUGGAAAACCAGUUUUGAGGAAUACGAAACAAAACUGCGAGAUUCGGAGUGUGUAAAAUUACAGCUAGCGGAAAAAAACUCCCGUUUAGAAGAAACAAACAGGGAAACGUCUAAAGAGGUCCUGAAAUUGAGAACAAUGCUCCAGGAAAAUGAGCUCGUCUUUAAUCAAGAGAAAAGGAGAAUCAAGGAAGGGAAUAUGCAACUGGAUAAAUGGAUGAAAAGGAAUCAUGAACUGAACACAUUAAUCAAACACUUAGAAACAGAAAUGAACAUUUUGAAAGAUGAAAAAACAGAGCUUAUCAUUUCUACUAACAAUAAAGAAAUAGAAAUCGACACAUUGAGGGCAGAAUUAAAUCAAAAUAAAUCGACUAUGGAAACGAAAGACCAGGAAAUUAAGAGACUAAUUAAUAUGUUUGAUUUAUAUAAAAACGUUCUGGAAGUUAAGAAAAAUACUAAGUACGUGGCCACGACCAUCAUUGGGGAACAAUAAUAAUAACGAUAUCAAACAGUUCGCUAGUGAACAACGAAAAGCACGAAAAUUUUGCAAUAUUACAAUUGUUUGAAUGAGAUGAAUGAGAGUUACAAAAGAAGGAAUACAUUAUUAAUAUAUGGAAAAAGUAAUUAUCGAUUAUUUUAUGCGUGUGAAUGCAUAUUUUUUUCUCUGAAUUUAAAAGAAAAUGACAAAAGUGAAUCUUCAAGUAUAUAUAAAACAGAGAAAGAUGAAAAAAAGAAUUAAGUAAUAUAUGAAAUAAAAUAAAAAGAAGAGGUAAAUUUACGAAGCGAAACAAACAAAAUUAAGAAAUAUCAAUUUGUAUUAAUGAAAAUAAUAUGAAAUGAUAUAUGAAAAUAAUGUAUUCUGAACAACAUGGUUCGGAACAGGAAGGCGUAAAAAAAUGGGAUGACAAAAAAAUAUAUAUAUAUAAAAUAACGUAAUGCAACAUGAUUGUGUAUAUUGUAUUAAAAGAAUAAGAAAAUACAGAAUGAAUGGACAAGGGAGGCACCCCCGGAGUGUAAACGAAUAUAUCGAAUGAUGAAAAAGAAAUGUAUUUAUAGUGUGCCAUUAUGAAAAAGGAGUAAUAUAAGCGAAAAUAUAAAAGUAAAGAGGUAAACCUCUCAUAUAUAAAGAAAUAUAGGUAAUAUGCUAUCUACAAUAUCUACAAUAACAAGUUAUCUACUAUAUUUUGAUGUAAAAUUUAUUUAAUUUUUUCCUGCCUAUACUAAAUAGAACAAACUAAGUAUUUUCACAGAUCCCACCUAGGACCUACAAAAAGAGGGGAGAGAGACCGCAUCCACAGUUUAUUUUCAAAACCGGGACUGGAGUGACAUUCCACAUCCGUGAAGAAGAGGAAGAGAGAUAUCUGUCUGUCAACAGAGGAAUGGUAAGAAGAUGAUCAGACUGGAACCAUGGAAAUGGAUUUCCGACGAGGAGCGAGACGUGGCCAGGCGAGGCAAGGAUAAAACUUAGCACAGCGCUGAAGGGAAGAAGAACGAUUCGGCAU